AUGGGCCCAGGUUUCUCGCUUCUGGGGAUGGUUGUCGGGGUUCUGUCCAUUUUCUACUACGCAAAACAGACGCAGAGGAUGACGGGCCUCAAAUUCGACACAGAGUUCUGGGCGGUUGCUGGUCCGCUGAUCGCCAUCCGACCGCCGAAAGGACCUACCAAUGCAUUGGAGCUCCGAGCCAGCGUCAACGCGGGUCUCUCGGCUAUCCUCAAAGAUGCCCUGCCGGAUGGUAUAAUAGAAACCAAGCAUGUUGUCAAGUCAUUCGACGGCGAGAUAAUUAUACUCCACCAGUUCACACCGAGCGAAAACAAAAGCAUAGGCAGGCAGCCGGCUUUCAUCUACGUUCAUGGAGGAGGGAUCGUGGGGGGGAACAUCGACCCGCACAGCCGGCCACUCGCCGCGAAAGCUGCUCUCGAAUCGGGGGUCCAGAUGUUCGCUGUUGAAUACCGCUUAGCGCCCGAGUUCCCGUUUCCAACACCCGCCGAGGAUUGUUACGCUGCUCUAAAGUGGCUCGGCGAGAAUGCAAACGACUUGAAUAUCGACGCGUCUCGCAUAGGCUUUUACGCGUUGAGCGCCGGCGGCGGCAUAGCGGUAGGCGCAUCAAUGUUGGCGAGGGAUCGAGGCUUGUCACCGCCAUUGGCGAAGCAGGUCCUCAUAUAUCCAAUGUUAGACGACAGAACUAGGGUUGAAGCAGACAAUCCUUUAUCGCAAUUCCUCACCUGGACGGAUAAGUCAAAUCAGAUUGGCUGGAAUGCGUACCUUGAGGGCAAGGCCGGAGGAUCGGGCAUACCUCCGCAUGCGGCACCAGGGAGAGCAACUGACGUUGCGAAUCUCCCUUCAACAUACAUCGACGUUGGUGGAGUUGAUCUGUUCUGCGCUGAGGCGGUAGCAUUUGCAAAUAAGCUUGCAUCCGCUAAUGUGCAAAUGGAAUUACAUGUAUACCCUGGACUGCCUCACAUCUUCGAUCUCUACGCCCCUACGAUAGAGCUCACGCACUUUGAUGCAGUGGCCUCAGUUGCCAAUUGCAUAGGAGGUGUGAAUCCAUUAUUUGAAGACCGAACUUUGAGACAACAUGGCACUGUAGUGAUAGCGGUAAUGGAUCCAAGACUUCGAAGCCGAUUUGUCUAUAGAGUCCUCGUUGAGCAAUUUUCUUCACUGCGAUGCAUUUUCGAAAGACUUGAUCAAGAGAUUAGCAUGAUGAACAGUUCUCGCGAUAGGUCGUCCGAUAAAAGUGACCAUAUAAACCGACAAGUUGGCGAUGAACCAGGAGCCAAGCCCUUCCGGGCAAAGUCCGAGGCCGAAUCUGCGGGAUUAUUGCCAGGAACAGGGAUCCUGUACCCAUCUUUCGACUCGAACGAAAAAUCUUUGCUCUUUCACUUUGGCGACCCGUCCCGCUUCCAUAACCCGGAGAUGUCUAAAGACACUGUAUACUUUGCGCAUGAAGGAAUCUAUCCUGGCUUUAGUCGGAGUCUAGUCCCGCCAAGUGGAUCCAGAAAGGAUCUGAUAAACACAACGAGACAUCCAUUCACGCGGUUGCCAGAAGAAUUGGCCACUUUUCUUAGGCUCGAUGUUCACUGUCUCACCCGCAUGUCCGGGACACUGGGCGAACCGAUGUCGGAACGUACCGAAAGAGACUCGGAGACUGAUCUUUAUGUCAUGCAGCAGAACCAUAUCGUUGGUCACUUCUGGUUGCCUAUGUUUAGUUUUCGCUGUCUAUCUCCCCAUGAGGCUUUAAUAAACUUCUUCUACCCUUCUUCAUAUCGCUCUCUGCCUGUGUCUGUGCAACAUCAACUUCAUCCUGAAACCUCUCGAAAACCCACGCAGCUUGAGAAGCCGUCAAACAUGUCGACACCUGCGGCCGACAGCCAGCCAGUGGCUCCCGAAAAGGCUCCCGCCCAGAUUGAUGCACCUCAGGACUUCUUCGAGCCGGAUGAGAAGCCUGACCAAUCUGCUGAUAAUGAAGGAUCAACGGAAGUCGGCGUCAGCAGAGUUGAAGCCUUCAACAAGGUACUCUACCAUUCUGGUCAGAAGGGCAAGGUGCUACUCUGGCUGCUCGGCGUAUCCAUCGGCCUGACCAUGUUUGCCUAUGCCCUCGAUAUGGGUAUCACCACAACCAUCUUUGGCACGCUGGCUGCUUCAACGUUCAAGGUCCACAGCCAACUUGGUACCGUCAACACUGCCAGUCAGAUUAUCCGCGCCAUCAGCAAGCCUUUCAUCGGAAAACUAGCCGACAUCACCUCGCGACCUACGACGUACGUCGUGAUUCUAGCGUUUUACGCCGUAGGCUUUGCCGUUGCAGCCAGUGCCACCGCCUUCCCCGCCUAUACCAUCGGUAUCUGCUUUACUUCAGUCGGCAAGUCAGGUCUCGAUCUUCUGAGCGACAUCAUCGUGGCCGAUUUGACUCCCCUGCAAUGGCGAGGCUUCUUCGGUGCUUGCCUGUCCCUGCCUUUUAUCGUCACUGUCCCCGUCAACGGUUUCAUUGCUGAAGGCUUCUACGAGAAUUGGCGAUGGGGCUUAGGCAUGUUCGCCAUACUCGUCCCUGUUCUCCUCAUCCCGGCCAUCUUUACUCUCUACGCCAUGCAGCGUCGAGGAGGGAAGGCUGGCAUGGUAACCAUUGCCGACUCCAAGAACGUUCGCACCGGUGUUUCUGAGGCCUCCUCUAAGAACUUGGUGUACUGGGCCAAACUUGCGUACCGGGGCAUGAUCGAUAUCGACAUCAUUGGCCUCAUCCUGCUUGGCUUUGCCUUCUCCCUGAUUCUCUUGCCCAUCACACUGGCUAAGAGCGCCGAUGGUGGAUGGACCAACGCAAGCAUGAUCGCUAUGAUCGUCAUGGGUUUCGUCAUUCUCAUAAUCUUCGUCCUGUUCGAGAUAUUUCUCGCUCCUAAGCCUCUCAUGACGAGGAGCAUUUUACAGAACCGCGCCUUCAUCGCAGGUGUCAUCAUCCACACCUUUAAUCAAAUGGCAUCGUCCGUUCGCAAUACCUACUUUUCAUCAUACAUCCUCAUCAUCAAAGAGUGGACUACUUAUCAGUGGACUAUCUUCUUGGGCAUAACUACAAUGGGGCUCUGCCUGGUCGGCCCUGUGGUUGGUCUCAUUCACCGCAGCACUCAUCGCUACAAGAGCCUUAUGGUCUUCGGUGCCGCGGCCAAGAUUCUCGGUUACGGCCUCUUGGUCCAACCGACCGGCAACAUGACUCAAGAUACUGCUCGGCUCGUAGCAGCGCAACUCAUCUUCUGUCUAUCUUCCCUCAACGUAGUUGGUGCGCGUGUUGGUGUACAGGCGUCUGUUCCCCACGACGACGUUGCUUCGAUCAUUUCCAUCAUCACUCUGUGGUCUACCUUAGGAUCCAGUAUCGGAAGCGCUGUUGCAACGAGCAUCUGGACGGAGCAGAUGGUUGACCAGAUGCGUGAAGAACUUCCCGGCGUUUCCAACAGUGUUAUCGCGAAGAUUUACGGCAAUAUCAAGACGUUGAAGAAGUACCAGUUCGAUGAUCCCAUUCGUCAAGGAUCUAUCCGCGCCUACGCUACCGUAAACGGGCAUAUCACGAUCGCCGCCAUCUGCUUGUCCUGUAUUUCUCUUAUUGCUUCUUUCUUUAUGCCAAACUACUAUCUGGGCAAGCAGCAGAACGCCGCCAACAACAAGGGUCUGGAUGGCGAGGUUGUCGACGUGCCGGAUCACAGAGGAGCUGGAGAGACAGCGAUUGCUCAACAGGAGGCCACAACCCUGUGGCAGAAGGUGCUUGCUUUGUACCGCAACAAGAACAUGAGUACACACCAAAGCUUCCAAAUGAACUUUACGGAUGCCAAUACAUUUGACUCUUAA